AUGGCAGAGAAAAAAACGACUGAAUCUGUUACGGAAAAUAAAACUGUUACUCAAACAUCAUUUAUCAUUAAUCAGAGAAUUCAGAAAGAACGGGCACAGUUAGCACGUUCAAAGCCAACAUAUAUCCACGAUAUAAUCAUCCAAAAUGAUAAUCAAAAGCAAUGGGAUAUACUAAUUUCGCCGCCACGACCACCAUAUAACGGUGGUAUAUUUCGAUUACGCUUAACUUUCCCCAGCGAUUAUCCAUUCAAACCGCCUCAUUUACGCUUUGUCACGCCAAUCUAUCAUCCAAAUAUCGACGAAAAGGGGCAAAUGUGCUUGGCGAUUUUGCAAUAUGAUAAUUGGAAACCGGGGACAAACAUUGAAAGCA